AUGGCGACCCAGCCCGCCACAACAGAAACCGAGGCUUCUGCCUCAUUUUUCGAGGCCGCAUCAUAUAUCCCACCUGAUGCGAUCUUCGCUCUUACGGCAGAGUACAAUGCUGAUACCUUUGCCCAGAAGGUCAACCUGGGCCAGGGAACCUACCGCGACGAGAAUGGACAGCCAUGGGUUUUGCCUUCUGUUCAAAAGGCUCGCGAGACUCUUCUUUCCAAAGGGUUAAACCACGAAUACCUGCCAAUUCUUGGUCUCCAGACCUUCCGCAAUGAAGCCACAAAACUGGCCUUAGGAUCGGAAAUAUAUGACAAGAAACAGUCUCAGCUUGCCAUUUGCCAAAGUUUGUCAGGAACGGGUGCUCUACAUCUGGCAGGAUUGCUUCUUAGAAGCGUUCGCAGCCCGCUGCCAAAAGUGUACAUUCCUUCUCCAACCUGGUCAAACCAUGGUCAAGUUUUCUCGUCACUGGGAUUUCAGUGUGAAACAUUCCAGUAUUAUGAUGCAGAGAAGAGAGAUAUUGAUAUAGAAGCGUAUUACUCUGCCCUAAGAGCCGCGGAGCCAAACUCCGUUGUUAUUAUUCACGCUUGUGCUCAUAACCCUACGGGUUGCGAUCCCAGCAAAGAGCAAUGGAAACAAAUUGGAUUGAUAAUGAAAGAAAGAAAGUUGUUCCCGCUAUUUGAUGCCGCAUACCUGGGUUUCAAUUCGGGAAAUGUCGAUGAUGAUGCAUUUGCUAUGCGUUAUUUCAUAAACGAACUACAAAUGGAAGCCGGUGGCUGUCUUUCCUUCGCGAAGAAUAUGGGACUCUACGGUGAGCGUGUGGGCUGUCUUUUCUUCGCAGCCGGCACAGAAAAGGCCGCGACAAACACACAGUCAGUUCUUGAAAUGCUCCAACGCUCCGAAGUGUCAAAUCCUCCAGCCUAUGGAGCGAAGAUAGCAAGUGCUAUUUUGGGCGAUGAAACAUUAAAAGAGAUGUGGUAUGCGGACUUGAUCACGAUGAGCGGACGCAUACGUUCCAUGAGACAAGCGUUAUAUGAUGGACUGAUUAAAUUUGGAGCCCCCGGCACAUGGGACCAUCUAAUUCGCCAGUCUGGAAUGUUUGGAUUCCUUGGACUUUCUCCUGCUGUCGUCCAGAAGCUCAAGGACAAGUAUCAUAUUUAUAUGGCGAGCAACUCUCGGGUUUCCAUUGCUGGACUUAACCCGUCGAAUGUUGAAUAUGUGGCACGCUCGAUUGCUGAAUGUCUAAAUGAAUCCUAG